AUGGCAUUCCUUCUAAGAAAAGGUUUUUCUACUUCCAUCAAAGUUCCAAAAACUUGCAACUUGGAUUGGCUUUUUGCCUCAGAAAAACAAAGCCCAAGCUCAAUAAAGCUUAUUGACUCUGUUCCUGCCUUUAAGUCGGAGCUCACUAAAUUUGCUCAAGGGGCAAUUUGGCAAAAAAACGAUAUAACAUUUCACAUAUUUAAAGAAGAAGAGAUUCUAAAAUAUCGUGAAAUUAUCGCUGAAUGCUUUACCCAGCACGCUUCAUUUAGAAAAUAUAUUGAUUUCACCUUUGAUGAAUUUAUCGAGUAUGAACUUCCUGAAUACCAAGAACAAUCCGAUUUCUUGAAGUAUAGCGUUGCUGCAAAGGUUGAUGGAAAACUAGCAGGAGUUCAAUAUAGCUCGUCAUGGGGCUCAAGACCUGAACACCCAAUUUAUAUGAAACCAAAUUCUAAAGAUGUAUGGAAGAAAUUCGAUAAUUUUGGAACCAUUUUGCAUGACUGCAUUCCUUUUGAUUUUCUCCAGCCUGACGAAAAAGGAAGAUUGCCUCCAGGAGCUUUAAACCCAAAUUCUGUACUCUAUUGGUCCAACGCAGGAGUUCUUCCUGCAUAUAAAGGGAAAAACUUGUCAUAUGACUUGAAGUUUCUUGGUGCUGCAGUGGCGUACUUGAAUGGGCUACAGUAUGCAAUGUCUGUAAGUUUUGAUUCAAGAUCUUCCUUUAUUAGUAAAAUCGGAGGAGUUUCUUUUAAGCCAAUUUAUUUAAGAGAUUUCGAGGUUGAUGGAGUUCGUCAGUAUCCAACUGCGACAGAAAACGACUAUGUCACAUGUUGUUUUCUGAAUUUAUCUUAA